GAAAAAACUCCAUACAAAGCAGGAGAUACCCGUUGCAUUCUUCUCCACGAAUCUUUUUAGGGUUUUGCAUAGUCUGCCAUUCUUGCGUUUCCCGUCGUUCAUCGUCACCGGCUAGGCGACUGCCCAUAGGAGCUGCUGUCAAAUGCCACAUGCGAUGACCCUACAAUAUUGCAAAUCCUUCACACUCUCGUUUCGGCUACUCUCACAGUAGAAAUUUAUUACGAAGAAGCUUGAUAUAUCAAACAAUGGUAGAAGCAGGGGAGGGGGAUGUUCUUGAAUUCAAGUGGGGGAAAAAGAGAGGAAUCGGUGGUAAAAAAAAGGAUGUGCGUUUUUACGAAUCAUUUACCUACGAUGAUGUGGAUUACACUCUUUUUGACUCUGUGUUUCUUCACAUGGAUGGUGAACCCGAGCCUUUUAUCGGUAAAAUCAUCAAAAUAUGGGAAAAUGCUGAUAAGAGCAAGAAAGUUAAGAUUCUGUGGUAUUUUCGUCCGUGUGAGAUUCGUAACUUCUUGGAAGGAAUCGAGACACUUGACAAUGAGUUGUUUUUGGCAUGUGGUGAAGGCGUAGGCCUUGCAAACGUUAACCCUCUGGAAGCUAUUGCUGGCAAAUGCAAUGUCGUUUCCAUUUCUAAGGACAGUAGGAAUCCACAACCAUCAGAUAAAGCCAUUCAAAUGGCUGACUUUGUAUUCUAUCGUUUCUUUGAUGUUGGGAAGUGUCAAAUAUUGGAUAAGAUAGGUGAUACUAUUGCUGGAAUUGAAGUUAAAAAUAUUUUUAACAACUUAGAUAGUCAAAAGCUUGUUGGUCUUGUGAAACAUGGUUUAGACAUGACAAAAGUAAGUGGGAACCACGCAAGUGAUGAUGCAGAAACAAUGGCUCUUUUAAGUGAAGAAAAGAGUCGGCAUUUGAUUGAAAAACCAAAUGGCAAUUGUAUUCUGUUUGACACAUUAGUUAGAGAGAAUGAUGAUUCUAAGUCAUUGUUGGGAAAAAAACCUACCUCUAGUGUUGGUUUAAAGGAAGCAAGAAAAUUGAAGAAUUCGCUGCACACUAUGUCCAACGACAAGACCAUGCCUCAAGAUACAGUCAAAGCAAAUGGGGCUUGUAAAGCUUCUUUGGUUAAACCAAAAUCAUCUACUAAAUUAACACAUGGUUCUAGAGCUAGUUUGGAAAUGAGGGAAAUGGCUAAAAUGGAUGAUCAAUGUAGAAAUGUUGCUAUCGACAAGAACAUUUUGAGGUCUCGAGCUGAUUCGCAAAAAGAUGAUCACAAGGAUGUUGAUAUCCCUAUUAGAAAAAUGAACGAGGGACUAAUGGAGGACAAGGCUUUUGAGAACGAAAAAAGUGGUGGUUCUUGUAAGGUUUCUAGUACAAAGAAGAAUAAUGUGAAAAAUCGAAGGCUUGUUACCUAUGACGAUGACGAUAACGAUGAUGUGGAAAGUAUAGCUCCAUCUUCAUCAAAGGAUAGAUGUAAACGAGCAAAGGAUUCUUGUGAUGUCGAGGAAAUUCCUUCAAAAAAGUCAAAGAUUGACAAGAAGCCAAUAAAACUUUCUGAUGACAAGUUGUGCAAAGAAUCUUCUACAAAUUCAUUGAAUGUGGAACACGAGCUAGAUUUCCGUGCAAUGGAAGUUACUCGAAGACCAGAUGUUGAUAGAAGCAAAUGGUUUAAGGGAUUUCCUUGGGAAGAAAGAAUGAAAACUGCUUAUGAGCAAGGAAAACUUGUGCUACUUCAAAACUUGGAUCCAUCUUUAACCUCAUCAGAAGUACAGGAUAUUAUUUGGCAUGGGUUUAGAGAAAGUUGCACUGCAAAGGUGAUCCAGAAGACUGCUUAUUCAAGUCCUCAUUCUGGUCAAGCUUUUGUUAUAUUUAAAGGAAAGGAAGCAGCAGAGUUGGUUGUGAGAAGAUUAGAUGAGGGCUGUUUCUUAAUGUCUAAUGGGCGGCCUCUUGUUGGAAGCAUUGGAGUUCCUUGGUUUCCAGAAAAAAAACCAACAUUUUAUGGUCAUCAUGUUGUCGAUAAACUUCGAAUGAUGCAAAUGCAGCGUGAGAUGAAAGAUGCUGUAUCUACAUCACAUUGUUCUCAGCCCAACAAUAUUGAAUAUGAUAUGGCCGUAGAGUGGUGCUUACUUGAAGAAAGAGCAAACAAAUCAUGGAGAAAAUUGUCUCAGGUAUAUAUACUUUUUUAGUAAUAUGCUAGACAUCAUUUUCAAUUUGCUUUAUUGCAUGUUAAUUUUUUUUAAUAUAAUUCCGUUAUUCCUUAAGCGACAAGGUGAGGAGUUGAGUAAACUCAAAGCUAAACUGAAGUCUUUAACUGAUCUCAAAUGACCUUGUACGCAUUUUGACGGAAUUGGGGAUUGACUUGCUGAUGUAGUGGCAUGAAUGGGGCGAUUUUUGGUUCGGUAGUUGUAAAUAUUAUUUUCCUCGGGGUUGAGAGUUGUGAAGGAACGUUUGUUCCAUGUUACAAUCCAACUCCGGUUCAAGCUGUUGAAUUCGAAGUGUUAAUUACCCGGUGUAAGUUUGCUGUUGUUAAUGUACUGUUACUGUAUAUGUAUACAUUAUCUGGUCAUUGUUGGGAAAUGUGUAAAGUUCGGUUUUAUCCUAAUUUUGCCUUG